GAGCCGGGGACGGCCCAUGGUGGAUGAUGGGCGGAGCAGUAAGCAUGCGCUGAGCUGGCAGACUCUGGGCUGGUCCUGACGGGCUGGCUGGCUGGGCUCCGGACGGCUGUCUGUGCGCCUCAGACGGUCGUGGGGGAGACUACCAUCAACGCUCAGCGCCUCCCGGAGCGCUCAGAGGAGGGGGGGAGAAAGACGCUGGAGAGACACGGGGGAUAACUGCGAGGAGAAAAAAUUAACAAAGCAAACAGCUCCACCUCGGCAUCUGGAGAAAAACGCACCGAGGAAGAAGAAGGAGAAGAAGAAGGAGACGAUCCUCCUCCCUUUACCCCCACACCCCGUCGCCAACCCGCCCUAUCCACCCUGCUCCGUGUGCCACCCCUGGGGUCUGCGCUGCGGGAGAACCACGGGCACCCUUAGGAACCCCCACUCUGACCAGCGUUGCCAUUAAGCGAUGCGCAUAGAAUUUAGGAGGAGAUCACCUCUGCGCGUUUGAUGCAACCAGCGGCUCUUGGUUUUUCCACAGUGGGAACAGUUCAGACUCCGGAUCUGGGUGUUUACACUUUUUUUGACGGCUUUCCCAGUGGAACGAUAACAUGCAGCAUAGAUCGCCCCACGGUUACGCACAAGGCUGUCACUCCAUAGAUUAGUGUUUAUUCACCCAACCAGCUGUCACAUAAGCUGCGUUCGAGACCCUUUUUUCCCAUGCUUAGAAAUAAUCCUGACAAUGGUCUGGGAACGGACCGCCUCUCCAGACACCUGGUAAUAUCUUCCCAAGACGUGACACACACCGACAUCUCGUCUAAAACAGCGAAACACUGACGAGGAGUCACUUGACGCCGACGCCUGUUUGAGCCACGGGACUUUGCGUGCGAAGUUUGCACCCGGGAAGAGGGAGACCGAGUCGGGGAUAUCUCGGCUGUAUCCGCGGCGUUUCCCCCUCCCUGCAAGGUGGGAGGUCGGCGACUUGCCGUUAUGCUGUCCCUGGAUGAGCCCCUGGACCUCAAGCUCCCUCGGCGGGCCAGUGGGCGGGACAGAGGGGUGCGCUCGCCCCCCCUCUCCCCACUGCACCCCAAGCGAGCUCGCCAGCUCCGCAUGGCGGAUGAUGGGACUGCACUCAUAGAGCCGGCCUCGCCAGCUUCUCCACGCACAGGUGUGCAGGUGGUCCCUCAUGACCGAACAGACACCCCCACCCCCCCUGCGGUGGACCUGAGCAUGUCUCCCUGCUCCCGCCACACCCCCAGCUCUCCAGAAAUGACCAACGGCAACUACGUCCCCUCAGGGAAUUCUCACAUCUCACAGGCCUUUCAGUUUUUCGUGCCAAUCGGAGCCGGGGCGGGACUUCACCUGCCGUCCUCCAUGUUCAUUGGCCAGACGAGUGACAAGCGGGCCUCUCCGGACCUGUCAGCGGAUGAACAACUGGCCUGCCACUGGAGGAAGUGCCACCUGCUCUUUGACUCCCUACAAGACCUGGUGGACCAUGUCAACGACUUCCAUGUCAAGCCUGAGAAGGAUUCUGGGUACUGCUGCCACUGGGAGGGCUGUGCUCGCAAAGGCAGGGGGUUCAAUGCCAGGUACAAGAUGCUCAUCCACAUCCGGACUCACACCAACGAGAAGCCCCACCGCUGCCCCACCUGCAACAAGAGCUUCUCACGUCUGGAGAACCUCAAGAUACACAAUCGCUCACACACAGGUGAAAAGCCCUACAUUUGUCCUUAUGAGGGUUGCAACAAGCGUUACUCCAACUCCAGCGAUCGCUUCAAACACACGCGCACACACUACGUGGACAAGCCUUACUACUGCAAGAUGGUGGGCUGCCUGAAGCGCUACACAGACCCCAGCUCUCUCCGCAAGCACAUCAAAGCCCACGGCCACUUUGUGGCUCAGGAGCAGGGCUCCCCCGGUGGGGUGGGCUCCCUGCUGAAGGGGAGUCACAGUGGAGGGCUUGGGAGCGGAGGAGGUAAGGAUUCAGAGCUGUCCUACAUGAGCGGAGCCCACAUCAUCAUCCCAGGGGCAGCGGCUGCUCUUCUGGGAGGCCACACUCUGCAGGGCCUGAGUGGCGCCGUGCCCCUGUCUCCCCUCAGUCCUCGUCCCCUGGACCUCAGCUCGCUGGGUUGCCCCAACUCGCCUCCAGGCAGCCUGGGAGGCACGUCCAUCCUGUCCUUCAACGGCUCGCCGCUGCGAUUGGCCAAGUCCCCCCUGCUCUCCGCGGCAUUCUCCUCCUCGGCCCUGGGCCUGCCAAUGAUGCCCAUGCUAGGGGCGGCGUCUGAGCGGAGGGCCCAGAGUCAGCAGGUCAAGAGGAGCCAGAGGGAGGAGGCCGAGAACGUGGUGACUGGAGGCAUCCUGAACCUCUCCACUGGAGGGUCUCAUGAUCCGCUGUCCUGGGUGGUCAUCCCUCCAGGCACCGUGGUGCUCAAGCCAGCUGUGGUCAACUGACACACACACACACACACACACACACACACACACACACACACACACACACACACACACACACACACACACACACACACACACACACACACACACACAUUCCAGAAGAGCUCAGGGGGUUGGGAUGGGAGGGUGAAAGCCAUUAUUAGGGUACGGGCGGUCAAAGGUGAUAGGGAUUGACUCGCACAAUCAAAUCCAGGCAGUGCAUUUCAGAGCGCGUGUGUGGAAAAGGACAAAAAUGUGGAGAAACCUCCAUCAAAACUUCAAUCAAGAAAACAAUAGAUAACACUACACCUCACAAGAAUCAUUGAUACAACGCAAGCCUCUUUUAUUGUUGGGAAACCAAGGGGCCCAAGAACUCUUUUCAGGAAUAUGUAUGGUUUGGCUCCUUGUUGCUUGUUUUAUACUCUAUUCAUUCCUGUUUGCUGGUUCUGACGACAGGGACCAUGAACUUAGUGCUUAGUGUCUUAGUGCUCUGUGUUCUUACAAAAGCCCUGAUUCAUUCUUAAGUAUUUAUAUGACUGCACUUCAUUGACAGUGUGCCUCCAGCUUAGCAGUGGGAUAGAUACACCAUGAAACUGAAUGACGCACUCACAGUUGGGCAAAGUUUCACACAAUAGGAAGAUGAUUUUUAAAGUUAUGACCUAUUUUUCACAGGCCGCUGUGAUUAAUAUGAUUCAGACAAGCUUGCCACGCCAAAGCAAGUGAACUCAAAACUGUUUUGGAAUUUCGUGCGGAAGACGGCUACCGCUUCAUCUCCGAGACAGUUCGUUUCAACACAGCACUUAAUAGCGUCGGCUGGUUAUAGUAUUGAAACCUCAAAACUGCUGCUAACUUCUCAGCCUCCCCCGGUGUAACACAAACUGGGGGGCGAGCACUUUUUGACAAUCUGUCCCCGGCUCGGGGAGGGUGACCGACAUGGACCAGCCUAGUCCACCGGAGUAUGUGCCGGGCAGGUCGACUAGGGGCUUUUACUUUUAGGGCACAGAGCGAUCUGAGGACUUAACGCAGACAAAUGGUGUUACAUCACCUGGCAAUCUCCAAUUCCUCUUUUUACACAAACCCAAGCGCCGGUGCGUCUGGCUCCCCCCUCUGGCCGAACACGAUGCACAACAUCCUGCUCGCCGUUUACAGAACCUCUAUGCUCCUGGAUUGUCCAGCUGCUUUCCCGUAAUUUAGUCGACACAGCCAGUCUGCGCAUGAAAGGGCCACUGUGGUGAUAAACACUAGUGUCUUGUAUUUUUCAAAAAGUGACCCGACCCAAAACCAGCUGUGAAAAGCAGGCAGUCGUCCAAAUCCAAGUCUAGCUUAGCCUCGACGGCAGAGGUUUUGUCCCAAGUUCAACAACUCUCACACGGUGCCAAAAAUACCAGGAGAGGGUGAAGUGGGAUGUGCAUAUUGUGCCACAGAGGGGGGUGUGAUGCACUCAAUGCCACAAACAGCUGGACUGACUGGGAAGCCACACUAUUGCAAACUGCCUCAUUUUACUCUGUCCAAAGGGGCAACAAAAAAAUAAACAGACUCAUUUGACUUCUGAGAAAGCUUUUCUUACGGUUCGAUUAAGCAGGCAACAUGCACUUACCACAAACUAUAUUCCUGACAUGUUUUAAGAAGUGUUACUGCGAAGUCAUGGUCCUUUCAAAGCUAGUUUGCUCUUGUUUUUAUUUUUCUGCAUGGGUCAGUUUUGCUGUGGGGUCCCUCCGGGCUUGUGGUCGCUCGGUGCUAAUGCAUGUACGAUGUUGACUGAUGUCUCCACAGAGGAGAGGCAGGGGAGCAGGAGAGGUUCAACACAAGGAACAUUCCCUCAAGAGACUCAAUCACUCGCUCCUCCUCCUCUCCUCUCCCCACAUGUCGGCGGUCUUACUUUUCCAUCAUUAGACACUAGCUAAUGCUGUUUUAUAUUUCUGUCAUUGUUUUUUUUUGUUCUGCUGUUGUUCAGACGAGACAUUUUCCUGAUGUUGAAGUUGCUUAUUGUGUUCUGCGACGGCUGCUGUGCAAUUGGCUGUCUGCUGCCGAGGGCGAGUCAUUUGAGGGGACGAAGAGCAGGAGAGAGGGAGAGGUUCGGGUGGUCUUCCAGGGCGGUGCUUCCCAACCUGGGGGCUCAUAGAAACAUUCAGUUUUCUCUGUUAAAUUUACAAUUUUUAGUCCUUUUAGUCCUAGUCCUGUUUCUAGAGAAAUACUGAAUAUAGUUGUCGAUAGCCAUUUGCAAAAUCUUUCAAAUGAAAUGUGGGAUAAAAAAAAAAAAAUCACAAUAUGUCAACAAUAUGUGUAAAUUUAGGCCGUGAACUGUGAUUGUGGGUCACACGUUCAGAUUAUACUAUUUGGGAUUGAAGGGUCACAAGCCAGAAAAGGAUGGAAACCACCGUUCUAGGGACAUGGUGAACCUAAUGACCUCACACUCCUCCGUGACAAUCACAAUGACCCAAACCCAGAUGGGACAUGGGCAUCAAAUAUUUCUGUAUCAAGGGUCCAAACACCAAACUCCUGCUCCCUUUUAAUUUCCACAGUCAGACGCAGAGAGAAUGCCAUGCGUCUGUGAAAUGGCGGGCGUCGCUGUGUGAGAGCGCGAGCGAGGAGAGAGAGGAUUGGCUGAAUGAAUAAAUGAAUGGACAGGGGAUGGGGAGAGAUGAGGGGAGGGAGAGGCUGUGUGCCAGCGGAGGAAAAGAGGCAGAGGAGAGUUGGGCUGAGCAGCCGCCCUCCAUCUGGCCACCUACUCAGCAAACGGCCCUCUCGGCCCUGAAGUCACUGGCUGUGCCGUGUCCAAUGUGGCAGCCACUCACAGGCAUACCAGCCUGCAGGAAACUAGGCCACUGAACUCUGUCUGCCCUCUGGGUGUUUUCUUUUUUUAUAGAUUAAACCCAAAAGGCUCAGCUCCCCCACCUCCCGGCCACAAAGGUUUUUUUUUUUCAGAGAUGCAUUCCAGGCAAACUAACAAGCUGCAUUCACAGUAAACAAAAGCAAAUAUAAUCCUCCUCCCCGCCUGAGGAUGAGCUCUGUAUCAGGCGGCCCACAGGUUGACGAGUAUUCACAACAGAGAUAAACUGCAUACCUGAGCUUCUUCCUCCGAAUUUCAGUCAUCAUUAUCUCAGACGCACACUUCCCCCAACCCCACACACACACACACACACACACACACACCUCAGCGGCCUGUCGCUGGGUUCAGCCCGGGUAUUGAAGUGAAUCUCUCGUUGUGAGUGGACAAUCCUGGCAUGUGAUGUCAUCAAAAACAGGUGUUAAGUAGGCUAGACAUGGUUUCCGUGGCAACAGUGAAACCCACAGAUGAGGCGGCUCUCCUCUUCCUCCUCCUCCUACUCCUCCUCCUCCUCCGUUUGUCUGGUUCUCCUCUGCUGGUGGAAGCCAGGGACAGAGACUCAGCACGGCGGCAGAACGCUGAAUUAUAACGACACGGAUCCUUCCGGGGUCCACAUCUUUUCCAUAUUAAAUAAGCUGUACGAUCCAUUAACCCUUUGAGCUCAGUCUGUAACAAACUGCACUUUUGCACCCCUCGUAACGCGCGUAGACACGGGGAUGCUGCCACAUCCCUUCUCGUUGCAGAGCGUUAUUCAUCAGUCGAUUUGAGAACCAAGAAUAAUUGUAAAAAAAAAAUCCUCAGUCCUUAAAAUGUCUGAAUUUUAAGUCUUUGUUUCUAUAAAGCGGUACGUGCUCCUGGAGAUUUUUAAAGAAACCCUUGUUUAAUGCUAUGAAAAUGGAACUGAAAUCGAGGGCACAGAAAUUGUUAGUUAGCUCAGUCAGUGUCAUUGUAAAGGGGUGCCACUGACUGAAGUGCCACAGUGUUGCACAAAGGGUUAAUGAUAAAACUAGGGCCACGCAAGGCCUGUUUGUUCCAAGUUAUGUUUUUUGCACAUUUGUUUGAGAUAUUAUGUCAGUAUUUGAAUUUUUCCAAGUGCCUUUUUAUUAUAGGUAAAAAAUAUAGAAGUUAUACUCUAUUUGGAGAAAGAAAAAAAAAGAUUAAAUGAAAAUAUAUUUUUUCCUGGCAUCGUGUUCUGUGGUUGAACAUGCAGAAUUUUAGAGUUGUAAAAGUCUCCAAUUGGUACAACAUAGCAGCGUUCUCCUGUUUUAGAGGAAUUUUAUUACGAUAUUGAUAAUAAUGUCAAUGAAAAAAGAAAAUGUUUAAUAAAGUUGCAUUUGAUACGA